AUCUUAGGAAGAAAAUAAAAAGAGGAAGAAUGCCUGACCCUCGAACACCUUCGUACCAGCGCUCUCCGCCGCGCCGCGCUCAGCUCUUUCGAACUUCGCGCCAAUUCCUCUCGCGCGUUCCGUUCUCCAUUCUCUCUGUUUGUAAACAAAGCGUUGAACGCGGCUGAGGUCGAAGAGGUCUGUGCAGCUGUUGAGCACGAUCGUGGAACGCGUGUAAAGUCUAAAAGCAUCGACUCGUGUGUAGUACUCCGUUCCUUCCUCUUCCACCAGCGGUGAAUGACGCGUCCGGUUCUUUCUGGUUUGAGCUCGCCAUUCACCGAAUCGUCGACUCGGUGGCUCGUCCGCACCGGUUCGAACCGGUAAACCGACUAGGUCCCGGUUAGGAUGGCUCGAUUAGCGCCUCGGCAAUUAUUGAAUGGCCGACCAGCCGACGAUAAGGUUCACUCCUUUUAUCCUCGACUUCCUCAAUCGAGACCGAUAUCUUGACGCGCGUCCUGUGACCACAACCCGACACGUCGACCUUAUGCGCGUUUCACCGUGUGUACGUGUGCCUGUGCUCGUGUUUUCCAUUGUGCGUGUGCGUGUGCGUGUGCGUGUUCACAUCCCACCAGCUAAUUUCUUAUUCCCGUGCGGCACGGAUACGACGUGUCCGCGUCGAGAAUCGAAAGACGACAGCGAAGAAGAUGCAGCGCCGUGGAGGAUGGGCAAGAUGGACAGAAGCUGGUGGCGACGAUGACGACGGUGAUGGUGAUGGUGGUACAUGAUGAUGAUAAUGAUGAUGAUGAUGAUGAUGAUGAUGAUGAUGGUGAUGAUGGUGAUGAUGAUGAUGGAACGCAUUGUGGAACGCACACUAUGGAUGUAGUCAGAGAAAAUAAUUGCGCAACAAAGUUCAAGCGUCGAGGAUUUACAUAAUCGAUAUUUCGAGCCAAAAGUUCAAACAUCGAAAAUUUACAUAAUGGAUGUCUUACGUUUUACGUAUUUCGUUUGGACGAUUGUAUUGACCGAAAACUGAGAAGAUAAAACUCGAGUUUCGAAAGUUCAGUUGUAAUAAACGUACAAUUUUGUGAUAUUUUGUAUUUCGCUACUCGAUCAACACCAACAUCCACACCUUUGAUCCACGCACAAUAGCCGUCCUCCGUAUCUUGUUCUCGAAUCAUUCGAGGAGUCGAACUCUGUUAGAACUCCCCGUGGGUCAUAAUGGAGCCAAGAGAAUUCGAUAUUUCGCCCGAUUUUCAAUUAAAAGUCUAUCCCGGCACCACGGAGUUCUGGAAUCAGGACAACCCAUAACGAACACAGUUUCUUCGUGAUGUGGAUUGAGAAAUAUACGCAUUAAAAAUCGUAUGAAAAAGAACCAUAUUCGAGAACAGAAAAGCUUUCAAAAUGCUAAUUCAAAAAUAAACCAAGUGUUGAGAAGAAUUAUACCUAACUUGAAGAAUUCGUGUAUCUUACUAUUACAAUUAAAAAUGGUCCUAUUGUUCCGUGAUCGAUUAAACCUUCCAGUUGUUGAGAAGAACCGCCAGUAACAAAAAUUCAAAAACAAAAAUUCGUGUGUGCUGUAUUAACAUAAAUAAAAGUGAACCUAUUACACUGUGACCAAUCAAACCUUCCAGAUAUUGAGAACAGCCAUAUUUAAUAAUAAAAAUUCAGGCGACCAAAAGUAAGUUCCAAGUAUCGAGGAAAGUCAUAAUUAAUAACAAAAAUUCGCGUCUUUCAUUGCUAUAUUUGAAAAUGCACCCAUCUCGCUAUAAAACAACGAAACAUCGUAUGCCUUGUCUUUACACUCAAAAGUGGGUCUACUGUACUAGGACGAAUCAGGUGUCUCGAGCGUCGAGGGAAGCCAUAAUUAGCAAGAAAAAUUCGUGUGUGCUCCACAAAAUAAAUUGGACCUGUUGCACUAUAACCGAUCAAACCUUCCAAAUAUCGAGAAGAGCCAUGUUUAAUAAUAAAAAUUCGUGUGACGUAUCUUCAUGAUGGAAAGCGAGCUCAUAUUGCACCGUGGCUAAUCAAGCGUUCCAAGCGUUGAGAAAGGCCAUAAUUAAAAAGAAAAAUUACCGUGUGCUCUAUUAUUAUAAUUGAAAGUAGACCUAUAACACUAUAACCAAUGGAUCUUCGCACAUAUUGGGAGAAGAGACCUAAUUAUAGCAGCUCGUAUAGCCUAUCUUUAUCAUCAAAAGUGGCUUUACUGCGCUAGGUCCAGUCGGAUCAUUCAAGCGUCAAUUUUCCAUCUCUGCACAGCAGUUUCUUCGUGAUUUGGACGAUGCUCGUUUCGAAGAGGCUUCCGCGCGAGUUCACACGGAGACGAACGCAUCCAGGACGAUCGAUGUUGAGAAGAACCAGCGUACCGGACUUUAUCAGAGCCUGGAAGCGAUUCCCGGCAACAGCUCCGCUGGUUUGGAAAACCAAUGACCCUAAUCGCCCGUUCCGAUAUGCUACACAAGGCUACGCCGAUAGAACCGGGCCAAUCCUUUGGAAACGUCAGAAACCUCCGGGAGACUGGAAAGUCCUACGCGCUUCUUUAUCAUCGUUCGACAAGGAAACUGUUCGGACUGUUGCGCACCUACCAUAGGGAAACAUAGCUGCAAUAUAUUGCUGCGUUGAAACGUGUUUGAGUUACUUUCGACCAGUCGACAGAUUGCUUGAUGAUUUAUGAAAUAUUUAACAGAGAGUGUGUACAGGAUGGCUGAAGCAAUCAUAGAGAUGUGUUUACCUUGAUACUUGAUUAAUUAAAGUCGAGUAUACUGAAGUUUGUUUAAGAGCAUUUGUUUUAUAUUAUGACUUGAUACAUGCGAUGACUGCAGGGGAUACAUAAAUAUUGUUGUAAACAUUUCAAUAAUGUAAAUUGCAGUAUAUGUGUGCAA